ACUCCGCCACCGCUCACCCUCUCUCUGUCUCUCUCUUUCCCUUACUCUUUCUUGGUAAGGUUAUGCGUCAGUUACCGAUGGGUGGGGACAUUUCCUGAUGCAUUUGCAACACUGAGAAGUUGUCUUUAGCGAGGCAGGACCGCAUUCUGAGCACCAGGCCAGGAAAAUCAACACCUGGGGCAGCUGGGCCGCCCUGCUGGGGGAGACGCCCCUCCUCACCCACUCCCUGCCGCCCAGCCUCAGCUGUCUACUGGCAGCCUCCCGCCCUCCUGGUUUCCACCUGACCAUGUCCCUGGCUGAGGCCAUCAGCCUCUGGAAUGAAGGUGUGCUGGCGGCCGACAAGAAGGACUGGAAGGGCGCUCUGGACGCCUUCACCGCCGUCCAGGAUCCACACUCCAGAAUUUGCUUCAACAUUGGCUGCAUGCACACGAUCCUGGAAAACAUGCCGGAUGCGGAGAAGGCCUUUACCAGAAGCAUCAACCGAGACAAGCACUUGGCGGUGGCUUACUUCCAACGAGGGAUGCUCUACUACCGGACAGAGAAAUACGACUCAGCUAUUAAAGAUCUGAAAGAGGCCUUGACGAAGCUUCGAGGGAACCAGCUGAUAGACUAUAAAAUCCUGGGGCUGCAGUUCAAGCUGUUUGCCUGUGAAGUGUUAUAUAAUAUUGCUUUCAUGUACGCCAAAAAGGAGGAAUGGAAAAAGGCUGAAGAACAUUUAGCAUUGGCUAUGAGCAUGAAGUCAGAGCCCCGACAUUCCAAAAUCGACAAAGCCAUGGAAUGUGUCUGGAAGCAGAAGCUGUAUGAGCCAGUGGUGAUCCCCAUGGGCAGGCUGUUUCGACCAAAUGAGAGACAAGUGGCUCAGCUGGCCAAGAAGGAUUACCUGGGCAAGGCUACGGUGGUGGCAUCUGUGGUGGAUCAAGACAGUUUCUCUGGGUUUGCCCCUCUGCAACCACAGGCAGCUGAGCCUCCACCCAGACCCAAAACCCCAGAGAUCUUCAGGGCUCUGGAAGGGGAGGCUCACCGUGUGCGGUUUCAGUUUGUACCUGAGACACCAGAGGAGCUCCAGGUCAUGCCAGGGAACAUCGUCUUUGUCUUGAAGAAGGGGAAUGAUAACUGGGCCACGGUCAUGUUCAACGGGCAGAAGGGGCUUGUUCCCUGCAACUACCUUGAACCCAUUGAGCUGCGGAUCCAUCCUCAGCAGCAGCCCCAGGAGGAAACCUCUCCAGAGUCUGACAUCCCUGCUCCUCCCAGUUCCAGUGCUCCAGGAAAACCCCAGCUGUCACCAGGUCAGAAACAAAGAGAAGAGCCAAAGGAAAUAAAGCUCAGUGUGCCCAUGCCCUACACACUCAAGGUGCACUACAAGUACACUGUGGUCAUGGAGACUCAGCUCGGGCUCCCCUACAGCCAGGUAUUGGACAAUGUGUCUAAGAAACUGAAGCUCCUGCCGGAACAUACUAGGCUGAGCUACCGGCCUCGGGAUAGCAAUGAGCUGGUGCCCCUUUCGGAAGGUAGCAUGAAAGCCGCCUGGGACCAAGUGAAAGACUACUGCUUGACUCUGUGGUGUGAGAACACAGUGGGUGACCAAGGCUUUCCAGAUGAAUCCAGGGAAACUGAAAAAUCUCAUGCUAAUAACCAGACAACAAAACCUCAGCUUAAGGAAGGGAGCCAAGUGGUAGCACUCUUCAGUUAUGAGGCUACCCAACCAGAGGACCUGAACUUUCUGGAAGGGGAUGUAAUCUUGGUGCUAUCAGAAGUAAAUGAAGAAUGGCUGGAAGGCGAGUGCAAAGGGAAGACUGGUAUUUUCCCCAAAGCUUUCAUUGAAGAAUGUGCAACUCCCAGAGAGGUCUAGGACGUUUCACAACGUCCAAGACUGAAGGAAGCACUGUCAUUUGUUGGCAAGCCUUUGCAGUCCUCUGCUGUACAUUGUACCGAGACAUUAGUUUGGAAAAUUGUUAACCUACUCUCCCGUUAAAAUUUGACCUACUAGACAACGAUGUGAGAACCCAGGAUUACUCUGGGGUGGAGGCUGGAUGUGUCUGGAAGGGGCAGGAUGGGGUAGUCUCGGGUGCUGGUGAUCUGUUCUUUGCUCUGGGUCCUGGCUACACAGGUAUGUUUACUUUAUGAAAAUUCACUUAAGAGUUGUACACUUAUGAUUGGGUGUGCUUUUCUGUAUGUGUGAUAGCUCAAUAAAAGAAACUUUCAAAAACAAACAAGGCACCCAGAGUCCAGGCCCAAGAACUAAGUGUAUUACUGUUCUGUACCAUUAAUAUCAUAGACUCCUAGGGCAUGAAGUAACCUUACAUGUAAUUCAGAGGGCACACAUACAAAAUUAACUUUUCUUUAUUCAUUAGAAGACCCAUUGCUUAAACAGAACCUAGACUGAGCUAGGUUCCCAUGGGAUAUAGCAUUCAAUUCCAUAGAGAAUGAAAAUACUAGAAUUACAUCCCUUUAUGCCUUCUCAGAGAGGAGCAUCUACUAAGAGUUCAAAACUGAAUAGAUGCCACUAACACUUAAGCACUGAAAAGGAGCUGUGCGCAGGCAUCCAGGUGGUUAGUUGUAUCCUAUUAGUUAGCACUUUAUAAUAUGCACUGCACUAAUAAACAUGAUGGAGCCCUGGUAGCGCAGUGGUUAAGAGUUAUGGCUGCUAACCAAAAGGUCGGCAGUUUGAAUCCAACACCCGCUCCUUGGAAACCCUAUGGGGCAGUUCUACUCUGUUCUAUAGGGUCGCUGUAAGUUGGAACCGACUCAACGGCACCUAAAAACAACAGACAUGAUGGAAUGCUAAGGGGGUUUUUUUGGUGGUGGUUGUUAUUCUGCCAAAUGACCCAGUUUUUCACGGGUUAACCUGGGUGAAGGAUACCAUAAAUACUAGACCUUAGGACCUGGCCUUAAUCCCCACCCCUUUCUCCCUUUUCUUGUACAGUAUGUACGUCUUUGCUAACAGUUUUUAAAGUGUGUAGGUGCCUGUUAAAAAGAGUUAGGAAAUGAACUGUAACGCAGAGCUGCAGCAGCUAAUGCCUAGGUGAAAGGCCAGCAGUGGUAAGUGUGACAAGGUAAGUCACCACGUGCUUCUGGCACACUGGAGAGGGCCUCCCAGGCUACCAUGGGAAGCUCUGCACACCUGGGAAGAAAAGCAAAACCAAAGCUAAGAAUAAUAAUUACUGUUGCUGUUAAUUAGACUUAGUGAAUUUUAAAGCCAAAAGGAUAACCAAUAUCUGAAUUGCCUAAUUAACAGCUACAAAACAGAUUAAAAGUGAUUGGCUAUUAACUCCUUUACAUAAGCCAUUCUUUCUUUAGGAGAUAAAAAAAUUUAAGUUUCUUUCUAUCUUUCUCCCAUGCCUUUCCAUAAUAAUUCACUAGUUUGGAAUGCUACUAAAAGCAUCUGAAGCACUUUCAAGUUCCGAUCAUCUCGCUUUCCCAACUGGACUUCUGGUUUUAAUUCUUGCUUAUUUUAUAAGUUGGAUUUUCACUGAUACUAUAUCUUUUAGGACAGGAAAAAAAAAAAAACAAUAUACACAGGUCUGGUUG